AUGAAUUUUUUAAUAUUAAGAUUACGAAAUGACUUUUUAUCAUCACAAAACAAAUUUUUUUAUAAAUUGAAUAAUUUUUCAUUGCAAAAUUUAUCUAAAAAGAAAAAAUUUUCAAAUAAUUCAUUGAAAAUAUCAGAGUUAUCGUUACCAUAUUUUGAUUACUCUAAAUUACAAAAAAAAAAUUCAUCGUUUUCAAUUGACGAAGAUUUCAUUUUAUUUCCAAAUCAUUUAAAUGAAUCAGAACAAUCUUUUCUUGUGGAAAAAUCAUCAAAGAAAUUGAAAAGAGCGUUUGGUAAAGAAGUUGUCUAUCAAGAUGCUCACUUUGAUGAUGUUAUCCAUGGUUAUAGAGAAUGUCAAGCCACUCAUUGGUCUACUGAUACUGCUACAAAUGGCAAAGAUGAGGAAGAAGAUAAAUACUCUGGUGGAAUUGUGGCAGGAAUAUCUUUAAUUUCUUCAACUGUGAUGAUUUUUCGACAUAAAGAUGAUCCAGAAAUUCAAUUUUCUGUUUUAUUAGAACCAGGAAGUUUAUACGUUCAACGUGACUCGAUCAGGUAUAAUUUCACUCAUGAAAUUCCUCAAGACCCAAAUGAACAUAGAUUCAAGGGUCAAUUGAUACCCAAGAAACCUACAAAACUUGCAAGAGAUGCUUAUAAAGCUUCUGAAGAAGCACGUUAUACCAAGAAAAUAUGUCUAUCGUUAUCUGAUAGACUGGAAGCAGGAUCACGUGCUUUGGAAGAUUUAUAUAGACAUCGAGAAGAAAAUAUUGAUUUUCAAGAAAAUUUCAGAAGUACAAAGUUUAAUAGAAAAAGAAUUUGA